UGCCUAGAACUGACGUCACUCCGCCGGCUGACAGAUAAAUAAGGGGGUUCAGAGCUGCGCUCAGACUAAACUGAAACCUCCAGUGGAAGAUUAAGAACCGAGGACUCUGCCAGCGAAGUCUAUAAAACAGGACCUAUACAACGUUGUUUCUAUUCAAGAGGAUCACCGGAAAGGAUACGAAGAACAAGGAACAUAACUCAGACUCACCUGAAAAACACCGGGGGAACAUGACUCUGAACAAGGGAGACAAACUGCGGCAUCUGGACAAAAGGCGAGGCAGUAUGCCCUUCCCUCUCAACCUGCAGCACCUGCACAGGAGGAGCAUGCCCGUGGACGAGCGCGAACUGCAGUCGGCCAUGCCCGCGGUCCAGAUGAACCAGCUGUCCGGCCUCGUCCGCUGCACCUCUUACAGCCCCGGCGAGCAGCACAGAGACAGCUGCGUCUCCGACUCGUCCGAUUCUGUUAUCUCCUCUGGCAGCGACACAGAAGGACAGAUUUACAAAGUGGUGCUCCUUGGCGAUCACGGCGUUGGCAAAUCCAGCCUGGCACGGAUAUUCGGCGGGGUUGAAGACGGUCAUGAUUGUGAAGAAGCAGGCAACACAUAUGACCGAUCUAUUAUUGUGGACGAUGAGGAAGCUUCAAUCGUGCUCUAUGAUGUAUGGGAACAGGACAACAGCCAAUGGCUGAAGGACCAGUGUAUGAAGAUGGGCGAUGCCUACAUCAUCGUGUACUCAGUGACAGACAAGGCCAGCUUUGAGAAGGCAUCAGAGUUACGGAUCCAGCUGCGGCGAGCCAGGCAGUCGGAGAACAUUCCCAUUAUCCUGGUGGGAAACAAGAGUGACCUGGUGCGAUCUCGAGAGGUCUCUGUAGAUGAGGGCCGGGCCUGCGCGGUGGUAUUUGACUGCAAGUUCAUCGAGACCUCGGCCUCGCUCCACCACAACGUGCGCGACCUCUUCGAGGGCAUCGUCCGACAGAUCCGACUGCGCAAGGACAGCAAGGAGGACAACGCCCGGCGCCUGGCCAGCAGCAAGAGACGGGAGAGCAUCAGCAAGAAAGCGAAACGCUUCCUGGGCAGGAUCGUGGCCAAAAACAACAAGAAGAUGGCCUUCAAGCAGAAGUCCAAGUCCUGCCACGACCUCUCAGUGCUCUGACAGGCCAAUGAGAACUGCUGCCUUUACUGAAAAGACCAGAUGCUGUGUGACACAGACUUGGGUUUCAGACACUGACCGGAAGACUGACAUAGAUGUAUAUAUUUUGUAAUAUUAAAAACAGAAUAAUUUAAACAAAACUGAGAAGACAAUUUGAUGGUGAUGAAUCUGCAUGAAGCUUUCUAGGUUUUAUUUUAUUUUUGGUUUUGCCUUAAGAGUACAUCUUUUCAACCUUGUGUAUACAGUUGAGAAUACCACCCAGGCUUGGCCCUGCAUUUGCUGUAGCAAUGCCUUAAUAAAAGAAACAUAAGGUGUUUUAAAGAAAAGGUGUAGCCACCCAAACCUAAAAUCAGUGUGAUUGCAAGCCAUUAUAUAAAGCAAACACUGUAAGGGAAUACUAUUAUUUUAGGACAAAUAUGAGAAUUUUAUUGCAAGCAGUAUGUUUGAUUUCACCAUUAAUUUGUCCUUCAAGAGCAUACUUACUUGAAAUUUAGUACGCAGGUUCGUACUUCUAUUAGAUAUGUUGGGGGGGGUUGUUAUCGGGGGGAAAGAGGGGGUUAAAAUGGUGAAGAAUUAUAUUUCCUAUUUUAUCAUUUUGAUUUGAAUUUCAAGCUCUAAGUGUGAGUAAGAGAAUCAAAAGCAAUAAAUGUUAUGUUGUGAGUUUAACAUCAUUUAAAUAAGGUUGAUUUGCACUUCCAUUUAAUAUUAUUCAAUUACUACUUUGUUACAUGUUUACAUCGAUAUUUUAUAAUAAAACAUGACCUUUAACCUGUCUGGAUUAUGUCUGAAUUAAAGACACUCUAAUCAGCACUACCAAAAAAAGUUUUCCUUUCAACUGACAAAAAGGAUGCAUUGUCUGCUGACUGAACAGAGAAUCAGUAUAUUGUGCAAGGGCACAUGUAACACAAUCUUCAGGGCUCAAAUGUAAAGAUAAGCAAAACACCAAAUGUCACAGAUUUUUAUGAAGAGUUUUAUGAUCUUCAUGGCAAAAUAUUUUUGUUACUGUUUUGUGGGUAUCUUCUGUAUUUCUGCAAGCAUUAUUUAAUCACAAUAAUUUUCAUUAUUGCCAUCAUGUCUAAACUGUGGCAUUUCUCCAUCUUGUCACUUCUAAAAGUUAGGGUUCUGUCUCCUGUGUAAAUCUAAGUGAUCCAAAUCACUUGGGAAGCAAUAAAAAGUUGGAACAAAAUGUUGGAUAUAGUUUAUGUUUUAAGCUGUAAUAAAAUCAAAGGAUG